AUGAUAGGAAACAACGGAAUAAUUUUUCUUUGUAAUGUUGCUGAGUCUAUAAUUUUCAUCUGGAUUAAUAAUCCGUAUAAUAAUAUGUAUAAUUUUGGUGAAACGGUUAAAACGUUAUACAAUGGUAAAAGAAGUUCAUAUAUCAUAUUUCAGAGAUCACUGGCAAGACACGUAGCACAGAAGGAGUUCAAUCGCUCAAAUAUAAGAAAUAAAUUAUUAGAAAAUAAUUCACAUAACAAUGUAAAAUGUACUUCAGAUGAUUUAACAAAGUAUUCACAGUUAAAGAAAAAGGAAUUAAAUGAUUUGGACUUAUAUAAGAAACUUUAUAAACACAGAUAUUCUAAAAAGAAUAUUUUAGGAAAAUUGGAUUGUUACUGUGAAAAAAAAAUAUUUGAUAAAUAUGACCAAAUACACGAUCUUGCAGAAAAAUUACAGAAUGAUAAAAAGACUUUUAAAAAAAAAGGUAAACAAAAAUUUUUGGUAUUCGUCUUAUUUUAUUG